UACUGUUAACCACUCCAGUCCAGUAGGUGGCGGUAAUACACCUACAAGCUGGCUGCCAUCCGCAAGAGAAACUUAGAAAAAAAGAAGAAGAGCACGACCACGUUGUGUCGAUGUGCUUCAUGUUUUUGUAGCUUUGAUUUCUCGUUUUCGUGCGAACCGUCAUUUAUAUUAUAUACAGUAAUAUAGCGUGAUUGUCGGUGGAUAUGGCUGAAACUGAUGGUUGUCCACGCCUUGGUUUAGGCCAGCCAACUCAAGAACCACCGCGGAAUUUACAUCUAACACAUCAGCACCAAUUGCAAAACUUUCAGGCAUUAAGAGACUGGAACUGGUUUCAGUCUGUGCCGACAAGCCCAUGGGGUUCCAAUCCCGUGUGUCCUGCUAGUAGCUACAGAGAUCCAGAUUAUGUACCACAGCAGCCUGGUUAUCAUUUUCAUGAAUAUCAGAAGAGGAGACAAGACUAUGGCCAACAAAAACAGUUGAAAGACAGACGGAAAAAACAGAAAGAAGAAUUAUUCAGUCAUUUUUGUGACACUUGUGAUAGAGGUUUCAAAAACCAAGACAAAUACAAAGAACACAUUGACCAACAUGUUAAGUGUUCUUUUGAUAAUUGCAAGUACACUGCUCAUGAGAAGCUUGUCAAAAUUCACUGGAAAAAUAGUCAUGCCCCAGGAUCAAAACAAAUCAAGUUGGACACUCCUGAGGAAAUUGCAAAAUGGAGGGAGGAAAGAAAACGAAACUACCCAACACAAUGCAAUGUACAGAAGAAAAUUAAAAUAAUGGAGGUCAAAGAGAAGAGAGGAGAUGUGCUAAUAACUUCUCAGUUUGGGUGUUUUAAGAAUCAUGGCAAAGUGCAUGGUGAAUAUUAUCACGAAGGUCGUUUCCAGAAUCCCAGAGGGCAUACAUACAGCAGACAUCGACACUUGCACCUAGGUAGUGAAAAGGCGGAGGAGGUAUCACCUCUUAAAGACCCUCCCCAUGUUUUUGAUCCACUAGGAGCUUUGGCUACCAGUGACCCAGAUUCCGAAAAAGAAGAGUCUGUGAAGGAGAUUAAAGCUGCCAUUUCUGUGGUCCCCAAAAAUAUGACCUCUGCACUAGGAUCACUGAUGUCAAGCUAUGGAGAAGAGAUGACAGAAAGUGAAAGUGACAAAGACCCAGAAGGCACACCGAUUCUGAAAAGCGCUCUGGCUUUAGAAGAGAACAGUGCCUUCCUCCGAGCCCAUUCUAACCCAAACCAGAACAACACACCAAAGCCUGAGAGAAGGCCAACAACAAAGGAAUCAGAGUUCGGCCACCAAGUACCACAGCCUUACUUGGAGUCACGUCCUCUAAGGAGCAGAGGAAGGUGUGGAGCAAGGCAAAAUGGAAGACAACGCAGCAAACUUGGGCCUGGACUACAGAGAUGUCGUGCUACUUUACUAGAGAUGUUGUUGGCACCAGAUAUUCGCCAUGAAAGGAAUGUGGUGCUUCAGUGCAUUCACUAUAUAAUUUCCAAGGAAUUCUUUGGUCUUGCUUGUAAAGACUGAAACCUCAUGAUGUCUGAUGCUGCUACAGUAACUACAAAUGGUUCUUUGUUGAGAAGAGGCACAAAAACAUCCUUUCAGUUGGGAUGAAAAAUUGCCAGGUCAGCAUACACAGAAAGAGAAUACUUCCUUUGUAUUACAGCCAUAUACUCAGCAGUAAAUACGUAACACAGGACAUGGAGAUGACUGCUGGCAGCCGUAUGGUGUUCUGCAUUCAGUUGGUCUCUGUCAAGACAUACUGACCCCCGAGGUGCAUGUACACAAAAGCUUGCUGCAAUAAUAAACAGUGUGCCAUACAAACAUGGCCAAGUUUCAAGAUGGAGAUUUGACUAUUACAAGUCACCCAUUAGAAACAGUGUAUCAUCGUCACUCAGAAUACUUUACAGCUGCUUCUUGCCAGGGGCCUUCAGGCUUUUUGACUCUGAUUUUGUACCUCAAUUGUUUGAAUGACUGUGUCCCAUUUUUUUUUUAUGCUCAUAACAGCAGAACGAAGAACUGAGCUUACACUGCUUCUGUAAAUGCCAUGUUUGAUAAAAGUCGACAAAAGUCAGAAGACCAAGACAGUUGUUGCAUAUUAGUGCUUUGUUUAGCUUGCAUUUAAUAGUGACUAGUGAGGUUUCCAUUUGUUUAAACUGCUAAUCCAUGAAAUGUUGUAAUUGUUAUUUUCUGGCUGCUUAAAUAAUAAAAAACAAAUGACUAAGAAAAUAAAAUAAAGAUGUAAACCCAUGGAGUUAGA